AUGGCGAAGAGUUCUCGUUCAAGCACUCGCAAAGAGAAUAACAGGCGCCUGGCAGCCACUGUCUUCGGGCCUGCCGAGACAGCUCGCGCGGAGCGCCUGUCGGCCAAGUUGCUAGAACUGGCCAAGCAGCCCAAGCCCGAGACGUCCGAUGCCAACAUGGAGGAGGCCGCCGACGUUGUCGAGGAUGAGGCGGCGGAUGCAGGUGACGCCACAGGUAUGGUGCCAGUCAUACAAGCGCAUUGCACGAAAUCAAGCAAGCAAGCAAGCCAGCUAACAGACUCCUGCCUAGCCAUGGAUGUAGACACGAAGCGCACAGCAUCGAAGCGUGUUGGCCGGAAGCGAAUCGACAAGCGCAAGACGAAGAAGGCCUCAAUCGUGUUCCCCAAGUACAGCGACAGAAUCAAGGCCAAGAAGAACAAGAAGAAGGCGUAA